CCGCGCGUCAUUUCUUGUUGUCUCUCGGUCGCUGAGAAAAGAAUACAACCAGAGUUAAAAAAAAGUAUUACCAUAACGCCAAAAGUAAAGCAACUAACCGAUAUUGUUUUUAAUCCACGUUUACAUUGCACGUAUUGUGAGGUACAGUGUAACAACACAGUGGGAGAGAAGUGCUUGACAUCGCGCGGGUCGAUGCUUCUUGGACCACCACCUCGGCGUUAGUGCGGUACUACCUUGACGGCCAAAUGUUCGGGAAAACGGCAUUUUCCUGCCCAUUCCUGCGUAGUGAGGCAUAGUGAAAACUUGGAAAACAUUCCUUAUGGUGGAAAGUGACAUUGAAGCCAAUUGAAACGAGAAACAUCCUGAGGGAAACGAUCAAAUCGGCAUAAGUGUUGUUCUACUGAUAGACCAUAGACCAUCUCCGUGUAAUUUGUCCAUUUUAAAUCAGAUUACCAAACUACCAAACUUAAUAGAAAAAGUUAGUCAACAAAACUACGAAACAUGACGGAUGCACUACUUGCUGACCUUCAGAACACGGUUCCUGGACACAAUCAGCAGCAUGGCGGUGGCGGCGGUUCAUCUGUUCCCGGAUAUGGUAGUCUGAAUGGGGUCCGGAACAAGCAACAGACCAGUCCCAUUCCGCAAACAUAUCAAAAUACAUCGACCAAAACGGUAACCGAGACGCGUGCCACCAACGGUUACAAUGGUUCGCUACCAAGGUCAACGACACCGCACAACUCCUUGCCACGGUCAAGCACUCCCCAGAAGCUGCAAACCUCGGCUUCCGGCAAUCUUUCCGAACUGGACUCACUGCUACAGGACCUGAGCAGCGCUCGAUACGGCAAUGUCGUCGAAAAGCAACCUAAUAACGCCAUCGUCACUAGUCCAUCUCCGUAUGCCAUUAACGAUAGCAUUAAGCGACCAUCGGUAGACAGCUUGCUCGAGGAGCUAAGCAAUGCUCACUCAAACCCCAUCUAUGCGGUUCCACACGGGAAUCAAAAUGCAAACCAACCGGGCCGGCAGGUUACGAUAACGGUGCGUGAAACUACCACGGAAAAGCUUACCGGUACACCAAGUGCUCAGUAUCAAAAUCAGAUGUAUCAACAACAGCUGGUCCAGAACGAAUCGCACACUUCGUCGGCCACGAAGGAAUUGGAUGAUCUGAUGGCGUCACUGUCGGAUUUCAAGAUCAGUGCCGGGACCUCGCAUCAGCACCAGUCGGUGACGGAUUACGCGAAGCCGAACCAGGGCACCUCGCACUAUCAGAGUACGCUGACGACGGUAUCGACCACCGAACACUUGCCACCGUCGUCCGAUCAGCUCGAUUCUAUGCUCGGUAAUCUGACCGCCGACAUGAGCCGCCAGGGUGUGAACACAACGCAGAAGGGCUGCUGCAAUGCCUGCGACAAACCGAUCGUCGGCCAGGUGAUAACGGCGCUCGGCAAAACGUGGCACCCGGAGCACUUUACCUGCAGCCACUGCAACCAGGAGCUUGGCACGCGGAACUUCUUCGAACGCGACGGCAACCCGUACUGUGAGCCUGACUAUCACAACCUGUUCAGCCCACGGUGCGCCUACUGCAAUGGACCGAUUCUGGAUAAAUGUGUCACAGCGCUCGAGAAAACGUGGCACACGGAACACUUCUUCUGUGCCCAGUGCGGUCAACAGUUCGGCGAGGAUGGAUUCCACGAGCGCGACGGUAAACCGUACUGCCGCAACGACUACUUCGACAUGUUCGCGCCGAAGUGUAACGGUUGCAACCGGGCCAUCAUGGAGAACUACAUCUCCGCCCUGAACAGCCAAUGGCAUCCGGAUUGUUUUGUGUGUCGGGAUUGUCGCGAACCGUUCCACGGUGGUUCGUUCUUCGAUCACGAAGGAUUGCCGUACUGUGAGACGCACUAUCACGCAAAGCGAGGAUCGCUCUGUGCCGGUUGCUCCAAACCAAUUACCGGCCGUUGCAUUACGGCAAUGUUUAAGAAAUUCCACCCGGAGCAUUUCGUGUGCGCCUUCUGUCUGAAGCAGCUGAACAAGGGCACCUUCAAGGAGCAGAACGAUAAGCCCUACUGUCAUCAGUGCUUCGAUAAGCUGUUUGGCUAGGGGCUUUAGAACUGGUAGCACCGAGACCGAAUGAUGUACGUGCGAGAUCCCCUUUCGUACACACGAACAGGUCCCACGACAUGUGUCCUGCGCGUAACUGGAUACUAUUCCCUCUCUUCUCUCUGCCAAUCUUUAACUACAACUACUACUACUACUUACACUUCAACUGUCUUCCGGAUCUUUCAAAUUGUCUGCUGUGCUCUGCACAACGACACACGUUUCUAGCCCUAGCACUAGUUUGGACUGUAGCUAGAUAUAUGUAUUUUUUUUUUUUUACUUUUAAUUACAUUUAAAAUGCUCUUCUGCUUAUUUCUCCUUAGUUUUUGACAAAGAAAAACAAAACGGUUCUCUGCCAAUAGAUUUGGAAGCGCUAGUGCGUCAAUUAAUAAUUUAAUCAGGUUAGGGUAUAACCGUAUAAAAUUCAAAAUGGUGUCUUGCUUCUUGAACACCGCCGAUUCACCGCACAGCACGUGGCCCACCUUCUAAACCAAUUUAAGUUUUCUGUUUAUUGAUAAACCUGACAAAACAAAACAUAUGUGUGUUGAAGUUGAAACUAACCGCAAAAUGAUAAUUAUGCAUUCGUCUGUAACUGGGUUUGUUGUCCGUGUUUAAAACUAGGCAGAAGAAGGCUGCCGAUCGAAUAGAAAGAUAUGUACGGUACGUUCGUUUGUCUUCUUAGGGUAUAUGCACAAACUUAUCAACGAACAGCUUGAGCUAGGGAACAGUACAUGAUAGGAAGGACCUGAGUGGAUGGAUAGAUAGCUCUGGCAUAAUCUGAACUGUUUAGCACAGCUGGUGGGUCUCACACCCCGCCCUUCUGUGUACGUAAAAAAGAAAGUCCGUAUUAUAUUAACCCUGUUGCACGUCACGAUCGCGCCACGUAUCUGGAGCGUAUCUUCUUAAGUUUGUGUUGAAACGCGUUACAAAGUUUCCUAACUCUAUCGUUACAGCAACAGCAAAAGCAAAAGCGAAAACUAGCAUUGCCAAUUCCGGGGUGUAAUAAAUAGUCAACGUUCUAAUUAAUGAUACACAAAAAGGUUAGUGUGUGAUGAUAACACAUGAUAACACGAUAUGCACCACUUUGCAAACCGCUUGCCAUUUCCACCCGAAUUUCUUCGGCCGAAUCGGGGUGCGUAUUGAUGGUAUUGAGUGGAGUGACGGGAGAUAAAAAAAAGCAGAAUGGAAGCCAAUUCGUUUAAACUAAAUCAUUAUUGUAACAUGCCAAUAAAACUUUGAACUUUGUUCGUUCAAAUAAACCGUG